GGUUCAAAAUCUCCAUCACUUUAAUAUUCCUCUGCUAUCUAACUGUGAUCCCAGCAGUGCGCUGUUUACAGCCUGCUGUUCUAACAGUGGGGGUUAUUAAAGGGUCAUGCCACUCAAUGUUGUGUUGAACGGGCCGGCCCCCUGGGGUUUCCGCUUGACAGGAGGAAAGGACUUCAACCAGCCCCUCACCAUCUCCAGGAUCACACCUGGCAGUAAGGCGUCCAAUGCCAACUUGUGUGCUGGUGAUAUCAUCCUGGCCAUCGAGGGAGUACCAGCCACAGACAUGCUCCAUUGUGAAGCCCAGAACAAGAUUAAGGAAUCCACUAAUCAGCUCUGUCUGACUGUUGAUAGGAAUGAAUCCAGACUGUGGUCACCUCGUGUUAUGGAGGACGGCAGAGCUCAUCCAUUUAAAUUAAACCUUGAAGCAGAACAGCAGGAAUAUAAACCAUUUGGCACUGCUCACAACAGAAAAGCUCAGCCGUUUGUUGCAGCAGCAAACAUUGAUGACAAGAGGCAGGUGGUCAGCACAUCCUACAACACCCCUAUAGGCCUCUACUCCUCAGGAAACAUCCAGGAUGCCAUGGAGGGGCAAAUCCGAGGCUUGGUUAACCACAAACCUGAGAGUCCCAGGACCUUGACCAGCAUCGCAGAUUCUGAUGUGUACCGGAUGUUACAGAAGGACCAGGAGGAGCCCCAAGAGCCUCGGCAGUCUGGCUCUUUUAAGGCUCUCCAAGAGUUUAUUGACAGUGAUGGCACUCGUCCCAUUGUAACUCGAACAGUUAAAGCCCCCACAACCAAACCAACUCCACCUACAGGAAAUCUGCAGAAACUGCCCGUCUGCGACAAGUGUGGGAAUGGGAUUGUUGGAACAGUGGUGAAAGCUCGGGACAAGUAUCAUCACCCUGGUUGCUUCGUGUGCUCCGACUGUGACAUCAACCUGAAACAAAAGGGUUAUUUCUUUGUGGAGGGACAGCUCUACUGUGAGACUCAUGCUCGUGCCAGAACGAGACCACCGGAGGGACACGAUCUCAUCACAUCAUUUCCCUCUGCCUAGAUCCCCAUUCUAUGAGCACUGACAUGAACACAUGCACAUCGGCAAACCUUCCCAAGUCCUACAUCUGUGUUUUAUGUAUUUUUUUCUUCACUCUGAGGUUGCUUGUGCAAAAGAGUCUGAUCAGUAUGACGCAUACAAGGGUGAUGUUUUGAUCUUUAAAUCGUGUUUUACAACUGAUAAUUUAAUAGUCUGGUGAAUUUCUCUGUGGUAGUGACAACAUUUUAUAUCCUGCCGCAGUUUGAAGUCCAAUAAAACCUGUGUUCAUUC